UAUUCUCAAGUAGUAUCUUUACCAAUAUAACUUAAGCCUGCACGAGGUUGCCCUGCAACAUCUAUCAACAUGUCGACGACAAUGAUAUUGUUCCGACGUGGUUUCGUGCUUUCCCUCCUCCUUAUCCUUCCCUGCUCUCUCUCGCCUGUCCUCGGCGAGCGGGGCGAGGGAUGGGGUAAGGGCUUGGAGUAUGAGGUCCUCCGGUGCAUAGACGAGUGCGACAACACGGACAUACGGGAGUACCUCUUGUGCCAGAGAGACUGCGAGCUCGGGUACGGUGCGCGCGGACACGAAGAGGAGCAACAGCAUGGUGGCCGAGGAAUGGACCCCCGAUGGCAGCCCCGUCCUGGCCGCGAGAGGAUUCCCAAACGCACUCGUGAGAGUGAGUACGAGCGAUGCCUCCGGAGGUGCGAGUCCGAGGGACCUGGUGGCAGGGGCAGGGAAGGGAGAUGGCGGCGGUGUGAAGACCAGUGCGAGGAGCUGCUGAGGCCCCGAGAGCGGAGGAGAGGCUGGGAAAGAGAGCGGGAGAGGAUUCCCAGACGCACCGAUCCUCAGAGCGAGUACGAGCGUUGCCUCCGGAGGUGCGAGUAUGAAGGACCUGGUGGCCGGGGCAGGGAAGCGCGGUGGCGGCAGUGUGGAGACCAGUGCGAGGAGCUGCUGAGGCCCCGAAAGCAGAGGAGAGACUGGGAAAGAGAGCGGGAGAGGAUUCCCCGACGCACCGGUCCUCAGAGCGAGUACGAGCGUUGCCUCCAGAGGUGUGAGUAUGAAGGCCCUGGCGGCCGGGGCAGGGAAGGGAGGCGGUGGCAGAAAUGUGAGGACCAGUGUGAGGAGCUGCUGAGGGCCCGAGAGCGGAAGAGAGACUGGGAAAGAGAGCGGGAGAUCUUGAUCAGUGAUGAUCAAACCAGCACGACCGAAUCGAAAGAGAGGUUUGAACGGUGCAUGAGGCAGUGCGAGCUGCAUCCCGGGGGCCAGCAGAGGCAGCUGUGCAAGUUCAGGUGCCAGCAGCAGCAGCGCCAGCGGGACGAAGGGCCAGGAGAAGAGGUGAAUUACCUGCCGGGAGGAGGAGAAGAGAAGAUCAAGGGCGGGAACGGGACAGCGAACAUAUUGAACGAGAUGAAUAAGGAGGCCGAGCAAGUAGCCUACGACUUCGCGGCACAAGAGAUGGACCGCGCCUUCGACAGUCAAGAUGGGUCUCAUUCAGUGCCGGCGGCAACAUCGGAAGGUGAACCCGAAGAGAGAACCAUGGGGUCGAAUCUCGACCUUGUUUGACUUCUUCUAGGAGCAAACUUAAAAUUUAGGGCGUCGACGAGGUGAUGUAUGGGCGACAUGUAAUAGUGUCCUAGCCGGCCGGGGAUCCGAGUGAAGCAGCAGCACUUACUGGAUCUUUAAAGCUACAUAAAUAAAGUCUCUGUUUGUGAAUUUUAUUUUAUUUUUUUCCGGUUAUAUGUGUUUGUGAAAUUUUGGCAGUCCACUACCAAAGGAGUGUUUUUUU